AUGGGCUGUUUUGGAAACAAAGAUAAAUCAAACUCUUCUCAAGAUGAAGAAGAAAUAUUAGACUCUAAAAAGAUUCUGCUGUUGGGUGCUGGUGACUCUGGAAAGAGUACAAUAUUCAAACAACUUCAAAGAAUUUACAACAAUGGCUUUCCUGUCGAGGAGAGAGUUUUGAAAAAGAAUGUCAUUUAUGAAAAUGUGCUAAGAAAUAUGAUGAGUUUGAUAAAAGCGACACAUACAUUCCAGAUACCGAUAGAACAUGAAGAUAAUAGAGAAAGAGCGGGCAAGAUUGACCAACUCUCAUCCAAAGUAUUACUCUCCAUUGAACGUGUGUGGAGCUCGGAACUUGGUUUGGAAAUUAAAAAACUGUGGGAAGAUCCAGGUGUGCAACGAACUUUUCAAAAACGAAGUGCAUUUCAAAUUGAAGAUUCUGCUCAAUACUACUUUGAUAACUUGGAACGAAUUUGCGAGGAAAAUUAUAUACCUACAGAGGAGGAUAUUGUGAGAGCCAGAAUGAAAACAACCGGUCUCAUUGAACAAAAAUUCGUAUCUCACAACACAGAGUUCGUCAUGAUCGAUGUUGGUGGUCAGAGAAAUGAACGUAAGAAAUGGAUACAUCAUUUUGAAGGAGUAGAUGUUGUCUUAUUUGUGACCAGUAUGAGUGAAUUUGAUCAAAAGUGCUAUGAAGAUGACCAAACUAAUCGUAUGAAAGAAUCUCUGCAAUUAUUCGAGGACCACAUCAACUCGAGAUGGUUCACGAAUGCUCAGGUUUACUUACUUUUCAACAAGUAUGACCUUUUCGAACAAAAAAUCAAUGCGGGAGUGAAAUUGCAAGAUACUUUUGAAACCUAUACUGGCGAAAAGGAUCCCAAUGUUGCCAGGGAUUUUAUAAUCAACCUUUUUACAUCUAAAGAUAUCAAUUCGAAAUUGGUGAACGUGAGUUGUGUGACGGCCUUAGAUCUUGGCGAACUCGGAAAACAAAUAGAAGCCAUGAUUCAAACCAUUAUUUCAAGGUCCAAGCAACAGCAAGAACAUCAAAAUAAUCAAUCCAACCAACAUUAA